AUGAGUAUGCCCUUGCACCUACUUGCGGUACAUGGGGUACCGGACACCGUCUUACGAUCUGUGAGGCGGAUUUGUACCUCCUUCUUAUGGGAUGGUCAACUCGACGGGCCUCAUCGUCAACGUCGAGUUUCUUGGAAAAAGGCAUGUCGACCGAUGGACGAGGGUGGCCUAGGGAUUAGACGCCCUGAGGAUAUCCUUGAUAUGCUUCAAAAGAAACUCGUAUGGCGGAUGAGGACGACGAGAUCACCCCUAGGGACCUUUGUACUAGCCAAAUACGGGAAUUGGGCUAGCCAACUUACCGACAUAAAAGGAGGAAAGCGAUGGGCAGAUUGGCAAAGACAUUGGUUGCAGAUGAGGCCUUUAAUCCGAUGGCGAGUGGGACGAGGCACUAUCAGUGCUUGGUAUGACACUUGGUAUGCGGAUACUCCAUUGGCCUCUUUUACCUCCUUUAGGCCAUCUUGGCCUCGUCUUACGGUGGCUCAGCUUCUUGAUGGAGAUACUAGUGUAUUCCUCGAGAGGCAUGGACUCUCAUUAGAUUUACUACCAGAGAUCUCAUUAAUAGAGUUGGACCCUAGUGAUGAUCAUCCGAUCUGGACUCUUACCUUAGAUGGAUGUUUUUCUUGUAGCUCUUCUUGGAAUCACUUUAGACAUCGUUCCGCAAAACAGUUUUGGGGAGAUCUCAUUUGGCACACUGCUAUCGUACCUCGAGUCUCUUUCUUUAUGUGGAAAUUGAUGCACCGUGGACUUCCUACAGAUGAUCGUAUGUCUAUCACAGGACAUAACAUCUGCUCUAAAUGUCAUUGUUGCCCCAUCACUCCAAGUAGUGAAACUAUGGGCCACUUAUUUUUUCAUGGUGUUAUUGCUACGGAAUGUUGGAACCAACUCUUACUGAAUUGGUCCCCAGCAUUUCAUAUUUCUCCAUCUCUUACACCCCUAGAGAUUUUCAGGAGAGUCUUUGAUUCUCCGCAAAGCUCUAGGGGCAGCCCCUACCUACGUAUUUCCAUAGCAUAUAUGUUAUGGGAGAUAUGGAAGGGGCGAAAUCUCUCUUAUUUUGCAGGUCAACAGAUGCGCGCCCCAGAAAUCAUGAGACAUGUCACACAAUGGGUGAGAAGUACUCAACAUUUGGUGCCACCUUCAGCGACAUGUUCGACCUCAAUCUGUGAGGCCCUUAGGAUCUGGGGAGUCCAAGCCACGCCUACGCAUAUCGCAAUCUCCACUCGGGUCGUCCGAUGGAGACUACCGCCAGUUGGACACCUAAAGCUGAACGUCGAUGGAGCAGCUAGAGGGAACCCUGGACCUGCAGGAGGAGGAGGCAUCUUACGGGAUCAUACGGGGAGUAUUAUCUUUGCCUUUUCUUAUUUUUAUAACAUUCAAACUAACACUGCAGCAGAGGCUAUGGCGAUACGUGAUGGUUUGCUCCUCUGUGAGGAACGCAAUCUCCAUGAUAUCGUCAUAGAAUCUGACUCACGAGUGCUUGUUCAGAUGUUACGUGCAGGUUCUUGUUCACAUUGGCGGCUUCAGAGUACUUGGACCGACAUCAUGCGUUGUAGAGCAAGGAUCACCACCAUUACACACCAGUUACGAGAAGGGAACCAGACAGCAGAUGCGCUUGCUACACAUGCAGUAUGCACUCGUUUGUGCUCUGUAUUCUCCUCUUGGCAAGAGAUGCCGCCCGAAGCUCGAGGUCGACAUCGCCUUGAGCAGAUCGGUAUGCCAGCGCUUCGUAUACGGCGAACACGAAGACCUAUUGGCCCUCGACAUUGGCGGAUUGCUUGGGCCAACCCCCAGCAAGCACAUGACCUGGCGUACGCAGCACCACAACCACAAAGCUAUCCUCGUACUAUGGAUCGGAGGAUUUCACAACAGACUCAACCGAGAUGAUACCCCGCGGUCGCAUCUCCCACCACAUCUUUCACUUACCACUUUUGAAAUAGAGUUAUCUCUUGUCUCCCCUAUAUCUCAUGUCUGAGACUCGAGGACAAACAUUAUCUCAGCAUCAAUAUAAUCAAUUUUAAAUUUAAAAAAAAAAAAAAAAAAAAAAACCCUAAACCCUAAAACCCUAAACCCUAAACCCUAAACCCUAAACCCUAAACCCUAAACCCUAACCCUAAACCCUAAACCCUUAACCCUACCCCUAAACCCUACACCCUACACUCUACACCCUACACCCUACAGCCUACACCCUAAACCCUAAAACCCUAAACCCAAAACCCUAAAUUCUUAAACCCUAAACCCUAAACCCUAACCCCCCUAAGUGGGAGAGUUGCCACCGGAUCCCAUAAAAACUUUUGAGUUAAGUGUGCUCAGGUGAGAGCAGUCCCCGGAUGGGUGACCUCCCUAGGAAGUCCCCAGGUAUGUACACAUGUAUCGCAAGACACUCACUAGUGAUAUCUAUCUCCAAAGAAUGUGCCUGAGCGGCACCAAAGUGCUUGUGUGUGUGAAGUAUCGAGAUGGGCCAUCACACCUUGUGUUUCAUUCUUCUUGUGGAAGUUCAUGUACCGAGGACUACCCACCAACGAUCGAGUGAUUGUCACUGAUCAAGAGGUGGAAAGGAGAUGUCAUUGUUGCUCUAUCACAACGGACGAAAGUAUGGAACAUCUAUUUUUCCAUAGUGAUAUCGCUGUCGAGUGUUGGCAUCAACUUCUAGCGAAUUGGCUUCCAAUGCUCUCGUACAUACCUACAAAACCACCACUAGAAGUAUUUAGGAGAAUCAUUGACUCACCGACGAGUGUCAAGGUUAGUCCCUUCAUCCAUAUCUCCAUAGCAUAUAUGUUAUGGAAAAUAUAAAAGGGACGUAACUCAUCUCGAUUUGCAGGCCAAAUGAUGCAUGCCACAAAGAUUAUGAGGCACGUAACACAAUAAUUUCGGAGUACUCAUUCCUUAGUGCCAAACAAAACGAAACGCUCACGUUCUGUUUGUGAGGCUUUUGGGCUUUGGGGACUCCAUAUCAUACUUACACAGACCUGGACUACUAUCCAAUCUAUUAGAUGGACACCACCGAGGGCUAGAUGGUGGAAACUCAACGUUGAUGAAGCAUCUCAAAGCAACCUAGAACCAUCUAGAGGAGGAGGUAUCUUACGCGAUAGUACAAGAUGCAUUCUCUUUGCCUUUUCGAACUUUUAUAAUAUACGAACUAAUAUUGUGACAGAGGCUAUGGUAAUACAGGAUGGUUUACUUCUUUGUGAGGAGCAAAAUAUUACUAAUAGUCUUAGAAUCUGAUUCCAAAGUGUUAGUGAACAUGUUACGUGCAGACUCUUGUCCUCAUUAGAGGCUCAAGAAUAUCUAAGCAAACAUCAUGCGAUGUCGAGGAUGCAUCACAACCAUUACACAUCAGUUCCGAGAAGGGAAUCAGACAGCCGACGUCCUUGCUAUGUAUGGAGUCAGAUCGCAUCAGAGGAUAGUCUUCUCUUUUUGGUAAGACAUGCCCCUCGAAGCCCAAGGUGCUCAUAGACUUGAGCGACUUGACAUACCCUCUUUAUGCAUACACCGCACUCCACUACUGGCCCUUCCACGGCAAUGGCGUAUUACUUGGAGGAGACCAAAGGUGGUUACUAUUGGCUGCUGAAGACCACAAUGGAGAUACAGGUACGUGUUUCAUUUGUUUCUGUUUUCAGGUCUAUCACAAGCCACAACCAUGACAUCAUUAUAGCGCUCAUCCCAUACCACCGAUGUGGCAUGCACUUUGCCUAUCAGCACAAGACGGACAACAAGGCACAUCGUAAUCCACUCGAGUACACUAUUUUCAAUCAUUACUCUCCUCAUAAUCACCUCACAUCUACUAUCUAUCACCCUCAAGCAAUGAGGACACAGAACUAUCAGCACAUGUUGGCAUGUAGCCACUUUUGAACUAUAAGUCUAUAGCACAUCAAACCUGCCAAACUAGUUGUGAAUCGCCAACAUAGUACAUCUCUCAAGAUCUCAUUAGUACCAUCAGCCAACUUGAACCCCAUAAGAAGGUAAAGAUCUAUAUCCAUAGGAUUGACCCUCUCUCUUCUCUCUCUCUCUCUCUCGAUUCUCUAUGUCUUUUUCCCUCCCUUUCUCUCUUUUCAAAAAAAAAAAAAAACAGGCAGCCUACUUCUUUUCUCGCAAUCAUUAGCCCAUCAUAGACAAUUAGUGGAGGGUGAGGGAAAGGGCCCUCAAAAAAAGAAAAAAAAAAAGUGAGCAACCUACUUCUCUUCUCCUAAUCACUAGCCUAAUACUCCAAAGGAAAUUACCCUUGUACACCAAAUAAUGGGCAUUAGUGGAAGGUAAAAGAAGAGGCCCUCAAAAAAAAAAAAAAAAAAAAAAGAGAGAAAGAAGAGAGAGAGAAUAAGAGAAAAGAAAAGAGUUAGAAAAAGAGACCAAGUCAUUCCUCGUGGGGUGAAAAGUUCCUUACCUACUUAGAAGAAGUACAGCAACUGAUGGUACUAAUAAGAUCUUGGCCAGAAGGAUUAGGCGUGUGCAACACUAGGAAGGCAAAUUCAUAUUUGGGCUUAUUGUCAUGCUCCAGCAUAAUUCUAUCCUCCUCACUACCUUAACCACUCUUUUCUCACCACUUUAUAUCAUAUUAUUUAUUUCUUAGAACCACUUACUACAGCAAACUCUUGUCUUGUAGGAACACUUCAUGGCGCACAACAUGGAGGUCUACACGUCCUACUACUGUUGAGUAGAUCUUCCAACUUCAUGAACUCAAAGGUUCUUUCAGCCCAAUACAAAUCAACUGUCUUUCUUCAAAUAUGAUGAGCGCACUGGAGUCUAUCUCUAGUAUUAUCACAUCCCCUCUUCAAAAGAGGUCUUUAAUCCUCCAUAUCAUGCUUGCCCCUUGUGCGAAUAAGAUCCCACUUAUGUAACCUCAAAAAGAGGUCAAACAUCUAGCACUCAAUCAAAUUUCUUCAUUUCAAAAAAAAAAAAACCCUAAACCCUAAACCCAAAACCCUAAAUCCUUAAACCCUAAACCCUAAACCCUAACCCCCCUAAGUGGGAGAGUUGCCACCGGAUCCCAUAAAAACUUUUGAGUUAAGUGUGCUCAGGUGAGAGCAGUCCCCGGAUGGGUGACCUCCCUAGGAAGUCCCCAGGUAUGCACACAUGUAUCGCAAGACACUCACUAGUGAUAUCUAUCUCCAAAGAAUGUGCCUGAGCGGCACCAAAGUGCUUGUGUGUGUGAAGUAUCGAGAUGGGUGACCUCGUGAGAAGUUCAGCCCAAUAUAGUCAUCCCAAAAAAAAAGAAAAAAACCCUAAACCCCCUAAGUGAGAGAGUUGCCACUAGAUCUCAUAAGAACUCUAGAGUUAAGCAUGCUCUAGUGGUGGGAGCAGUCUCCAGAUGGGUGACCUCCUUGGGAAGUCCCCGAGUACGUGCACAUACGCCAUGAUGCAAGAUGCUCCCUUCUCUGAAGAACGUGUCUCGAGGCACCCCUGCAGGCUUUGGAGGAUCACCACCCGCAUCACUUCAGUUGCAUCAAGCUCGAGCUCAUGGCCUUCAUCGCUGGUUCCUCCCCUCCCUCUGCCACCCUCGUCGCCACCCAAGAGUUGUCCCUCUGGAAGAGGAAGGCAGCAUCGAGGACGCCGCUGCCGAGGUGGUGGAGGGCAGCCAGCGGCGGGGCGUAGGCGGCGAGGGUGGAGGAGUGUCUGAGGAAGAUACGAUGGGUGAAGGAGCUCCUCAUCACCGGUGGGUGAAGAACUCGUAGUCAAGGUGGUGUCUAUUGCCUCUCUAUAUCUCUGUCUCUCUAUUACCUCCCUCCUAUUUACGUGGAGAAUGAAGAAGAAGAAGAAUGUGAGAGAGAUUCUAUGCGAAAAAAAAAAAAAAAAAACCCUUAAACCCUAAACCCUAACCCCCUUAAGUAAGAGAGUUGCCACUGGAUCCCAUAAGAACUCUAGAGUUAAGUGUGCUCAAGUGGGAGCAGUCCCCAGAUGAGUGACCUCUCUGGAAAGUCCUCGAGUACGUGUGCAUGCUUCGUGAGACGCCUGUUGUACAUGUGUUGAAAGGCACCGACCGCUGCACAAAAGUGAUUGGGUGUGUGAAGUAUCGAGAUGGGUGACCUCCCAAGAAGUUCAGCCUAAGACAAUUAUCCCAAAAAAAAAAAAAAAUCCUAAACCCUAAACCCUAAACCUUAACUACCCUAAGUGAGAGAGUUGCCACCAAAUCCUAUAAGAACUAUAGAGUUAUUGUGCUCGGAAGUCCUCAAGUACAUGCAUGCACAUCGAGGGCCCUACGCUACAUAUAGUUGAAAGGCACCGCUGCAUUACUAUGCCGCCAUGCACGUGUUACGAACCUUUCUACCACUAUGCUAAGAGACACUCAGCUCUGAAAAAUGUGCCAAGAGACACCCUUGCCACUAUGCCGAGAGGCACCAAAAGUGCUUGGGUGUGUGAAGUACCAGGAUGGGUGACAUCUUAAGAAGUUCGGCUCAAGAUAGUUAUCCUAAAAAAAAAUGCUAAGACCUAAACCCUAAAUCCUAACCUCCCUAAGUAAGAGAGUUGCCACUAAAUCCUAUAAGAACUCUAGAGUUAAGUGUGCUCGGGUGAGAACAAUCUCUUAAAUGGGUGACCUCCUUAAGAAGUCCUCGGAUAUAUGUCGAGAGCCACUAGUGACAUCUAUCAUCUGAAGAAUGUGUUGAAAGACAUCAAAGUGCUUGAGUGUGUGAGCUACUGAAAUGGGUGACAUCUUGAGAAGUUCGGCCCAAGACAGUUAUCCCAAAAAAAAAAUAAACCUUAAACCCCACCCACUUCAUUUGCUCAACUUUUUUCUCUCUCCUCACGAUCAGCGCAAAUGAUGAGAUCUCCUUCGUGUGACCUCAAAUCGCGCUGAAACUUUUUCCAUUCGAUUCGGAAGGCCAAAAACUAUUGGUUUCGAGUUAUUACGUAUCGAAAACGGUGGAUUAAAGCCUUUGUUUUGCAAUUUCUUCAUCACGAAGGUAAACUUUCGAAGUUUUCACUCCAAAGGUAAUGUCUCUCUAUUGACUGGGUUAAAUUUCAUUCUUUUUAGCUCAAUAGAAUCGUAUUUGCCUCAUUUACCAUUUGCUCUACUAUAUAAUUUUGAUUUGAUGCUUAACUGAUGAGUAGCUCAAAGAUUUCGUGACCUCUGUCGCCUAGAUGAAAACUCGACCGACGAAUGCGAGCAAACAGAAGGCCGACACAUGGCAGUAACGGCCUUCUUUCCUUGCCUUCCCUCUCCGCCGAUUGAUGUGACCGAGGAGACGGCCGUAAAUGAGCUGAAUGGUCGAACUAUGGAUGUCCGUGAUUUGACAUCAGCUGACGUCUUCUUGAGGCCCAAAUCGGAGGGGACAGCAGUCGACGCCAUCCACUCUCCCUCCGGGAACGAGGUGACGGCGGGUGAAGAGGCCCCCUCUGGUCCAACCAUUGAUCGUAUGAUCAAUGGUCAGAAUCAGCCAGCUAUAAAGGCCUCAGCAGCUGUUACCGAGACACCGCCCUCGGACGGUGACGGGCGCAACGGCCAACUUGAUCCAACCGUUGAUCUUGAGAUCAACAGAGGGGAUCACGUGGCCAUAAAGGCACCGAAACCUUUUGCGAUCGCCGAUGCCUCGGCUGUGACGCUACUGACGUCAUCAACGUCAGACGCCGCGGACGUUGGCAUCGCACAAAACCCUACACCAUCACGUGUCAAGCCCUGCUCAGCUGGCACCGUAUAGGCGCGGCCCGUGCAAGCCUCCAGCAAGGUUGCUAGGGCUGAGCCAGCCUAUGUAGUGCCAUUUGAGGCUGCUCUGGCCCAGGCCACGCCGGCCCAGCCCAUCGAGGCUGCACCGGCUCAGGACGCACCGGCCCAGGCCUAGGUGGCCCAGGCCGAGCCUGAGCAGCCGGCUCAGGCUACACUGGUCCAAGCUCUUGCCCAGGUAGGCCCAAACCCUAGGUCUACCCAAGGCAAUCCAUUUGGGCUCCCUGAGAGAAGCCCAAAGGGGCCUAAGCUGGGUGGCCCAAAUGGGCCCACCCAAGGCACACUUGGGCCUACUCAAGGUAUGCCACCUGCGCCUACCAAGGGAGGCCCAAAGGAGCCUGAACUAGGUGGCCCAAAGGAGCCAAAUGGGCCCACCGAAGGAGGCCCAGAUGGGCUCACCCAGGAUAGUCUUGGACUGAUCCAUGGUGACCCCAAUAGACUUAUCUUGAAGAAGUCUAGGGGCAAGUACCUGCGGCCCAAAAAGAGGAUAGGAUGCCGACCUUUACUCCCACCCUCGGCCAUGUCUUAUGGGCCUACCCCAAGUCAACAGAUUGAGCCGAUUUUACCCCUACCUAUAAGGCCCCCUAGGCUCUCUCAAACUAAUCAUCUCGAACCAACUAUGAUCCCAACACUGAUUGAGACUUCUAUACUAACUCCAAACACAUCCCUUAGGCACACCAUAUCUAUACCCAGUGGGCUGGACACUACUGUGCCUCAUAGGCCAAACCUGACUAUGCCCACUAGACACCUAUCAUGAGCAUAACGAGUUUCUAGACCCUCUGUCCCCUCCAAAGAGAUUGUCACGCCACAUGGAUCGUUGCGUCAAAUACUAUUCCCAUACUUUAA